AUGUUCCCACACAUUUUGCUCCUAAUUAACGUCCUGCUGGACAGCUGAGCUGUUUCAAACAGGAAGCUGUUUAUAGAUAACGCUCGCAAACGUUGGGCCUGAUUCGCUGAAUGGUCGAAGAGCAGGAGUUGAGCCCGCUUCAAAUUAAAACCUAUCGGACUUUUGUAAAUAGUAGCAAUGAGGUCCAUCUGUGGUGCAGUGCCCUUUCAGUCAGCAGCUCAGCUACAGCGCCUCUUCUCUCAGCAAUUCUAAGGAGUAAGGGACAAGCUCAUUAUGAAGAGUGAUCUGGUUUUCUUUGUCUCUGUAAUUAGCCUUGCAUUCCUGUCUCUGCCAAGAUCUGGAUAUGCUCAGCAUAUUGCAGAGGAAUCCUGCUCUGUUCAGAUUCUGGUUCCAGGCCUCAAAGGGGAAAAUGGAGAAAAGGGGGAAAAAGGUGCUCCAGGCCGUCCUGGACGAGUUGGGCCUCCAGGGGAAAAAGGAGAAGUGGGAGACAAAGGGCAGAAAGGUAGCAUAGGGCGACAUGGAAAAGUUGGUCCCAUAGGCUCAAAAGGACAAAAAGGAGAUAAUGGAGAUAUAGGUCCACCUGGUCCUAAUGGAGAUCCAGGUAUUCCUUGUGAAUGUGGCCAGCUACGAACAGCCAUUGGUAAAAUGGAUAAUCAAGUGACCCUGCUAACAACAGAGCUGAAGUUCAUUAAAAAAGCACUGCCCUCCCCCGCAGCUGUUGCUGGUGUGCGUGAGACAGAUAAUAAGACAUACCUGCUGGUGAAAGAACAGAAGCAGUAUGUGGACGCCCAACUCUACUGCCAAGGAAGAGGAGGGACACUGAGCAUGCCCAAGGAUGAAGCCACCAAUAAUCUCAUUGCUUCUUACAUCAAUCAAGCUGGCCUCAGCCGAGUUUUCAUUGGCAUUAAUGACCUUGAGAAAGAAGGCAGCUUUGUCUACUCUGACCGAUCCCCUAUGCAGACCUUCAACAAGUGGAGCAGCGGUGAACCAAAUAAUGCUUAUGAUGAGGAGGACUGUGUAGAAAUGAUCACUUCUGGGGGCUGGAAUGAUGUGGCAUGUCACAUUACAAUGAAUUUUGUAUGUGAAUUUGACAAAGAAAAUGUUUAAUAAAGUUUCCCCCUGC